CUUUGAUCGUCUUUUUCGCGCCAAAUCUUCAGCUGUGCCUUGUUAGACACGAAGAAGUUGGUCAGCCAAUGGUUUCGGCUUCGCGCAGAGUCAAAAGGGAGGGGCCAUGGCAAGUCGCAUCCGAUGCGCCCGCAGCUACGACUGGUCACCUCUUUCAGCGCGAUGAAUGCCAGAGCGCGAGCACCUGUCAGUCACCGUGGCUGAGCCGAAAGCGUGGCGCCAUGAACGACAGGUUCCCCUCGGAGCAGACUGCAUGAAGUGCCAGCCUGAAAGUUGGAAGUUGAUGAAGGACGCGUCGCGAAACACGCGAAAAGUCAUUAGCCAAGGGCCAAUCAGGGAACCGGCGCAUUGCGCUAUUCCUGCUAUGGGCUGCAUGAUUCGCUGGGAUUUGCGCCCAUCCCGCUGGCGCGUUCCGGAAGAGUGCUUUUGGGAGCCGUGCAUGAGGGUGCCCAAGCCCUGCAUAAAGCCCUCCCCUCCGUGGAGAAGCCGUGGUGGAACCACCUCAGGAGGCGGUGCUGCGCAGACGUUUCACCGGGAAAGCAAAUAUCAAAAGAUGACGGGUUGGGGAGAAGUGGUGUCAUUGCGAACCAAGAAGGUGUGCAGCCGAGUUGACGUUGGUCGCUCGGGAGCGGACCUUAUGAUCGACGCGAUGCCGGAGAUCCUGCUCUGUGCUUCCACAUCCAUGCGCCAAAGAAGCGACUUCGCGUAUAUAACUUUUUUGGGUUCUACGAUCCCGUUGACUCAAACCUACUCACGGACCGUAGAGGUGGUUCUCGUAGUUAGUAGAUCGAUCUCACUUCCACCCAUUGCUUGCUGCAUGCAUAGUGAGACGGCAUUCUGCGUUGUCAGUUGUUUCAGUCGACCAUCCCGAGAGGGCAGUAAAACAAAUGCUUCUGUAACACGACUCCUAGCUCAUGCAUAGCUCGAUGCGGUGGACAGAACUACGAACUUUUCCGACCGUUGCACGCCUUAGACGUUGCUUUAGACGUGAGCACCAUGUUACACUUUCGAUCGAAUACUGGCCGGGGAUUCCGUCAUUCCCUCUCUACGUCAAAGGCUCAGGAAAGGACUCCGUAGCAGCAGCCCUCAUGCACCGGGCGAGCCGCUAGCAACCAAACAGACGCUG